CGAUUGGUCAUCUGCCAUUACGCCACAUCUUGGGACGACCGGCCUGGAGCGCGCGAGUAGGAGCGGGUGGGGAGCCGGGCGCGGAGACUGGCGCUCAGGACUUUGUUCAGCGGGUUGAAAAGGAUCAAGCGGGCCUUGUGGAGCGUGGGAAUCUAGCGACUUGAAAGGGGGCAGUUCGAGAAGGAAAACCUGCGUUCUGCCAUGAAACCGCUUGGUAAGAGGUUGGAGGGCCCAAUGGCUGCAAAGUCACAGUCCAACGAUCCCAAAACCAAGAGUCCUGGCAGCGUCAGCAAGGCCGCGACCCACGGGCAGUGGGGCCGUGCCUGGGAGGUGGACUGGUUUUCCCUGGCAAGCGUCACCUUCCUGCUGCUGUUUGCACCCUUCAUCGUGUACUAUUUCAUCAUGGCCUGCGACCAGUACAGCUGCUCCCUGACGGCCCCCUUGGUGGACAUCGCCACCGGGCAGGCUCGACUCUCAGACAUCUGGGCCAAGACGCCACCUGUGACGAUGAAAGCGGCCCAGAUCUACGUGGCAUGGGUCACGUUCCAGGUGCUUCUGUACGUGCUGCUUCCUGACUUCUGCCACAAGUUUCUGCCGGGCUACGUGGGGGGCGUUCAGGAGGGCGCCAUGACUCCUGCAGGAAUCGUCAACAAGUAUGAGAUCAACGGCCUGCAAGCCUGGCUCAUCACGCAUCUCCUCUGGUUUCUUAAUUCCUACCUCCUCGCCUGCUUCUCUCCCACCAUCAUCUUUGACAACUGGAUCCCGCUGCUCUGGUGUGCCAACAUUCUGGGCUACGCCGUCUCCACCUUCGCCAUGAUCAAGGGCUACUUCUUCCCCACCGAUGCCCGAGACUGCAAAUUCACAGGCAAUUUCCUUUACAACUACAUGAUGGGCGUUGAGUUUAACCCCCGAAUCGGGGAGUGGUUUGACUUCAAGCUCUUCUUCAAUGGACGCCCCGGGAUCGUCGCCUGGACCCUCAUCAACCUGUCCUUCGCAGCCAAGCAGCAGGAGCUCCACGGCCACGUGACCAACUCCAUGGUCUUGGUCAACGUCCUGCAGGCCAUCUAUGUGCUGGACUUCUUUUGGAACGAAACCUGGUACCUGAAAACCAUUGACAUCUGCCACGACCACUUUGGGUGGUACCUGGGCUGGGGGGACUGCGUCUGGCUGCCGUACCUCUACACGUUGCAGAUGUAUCCGCAGCCCCAGAACGCCGUCUGCCCCGUGUCAGCAGCUGACUCUUCCAGCUUCUACUGUGCACCCACCACCGCUGUGAGAACCUUACAUAUACUCUCUGACCCUCACAAUAACCCAGCUACUAAAUACUAUCGUCAUCACCCCCAUUUUAUAGGUGGUGAAACCGAGGCACAGAUGGACCGUGGGACCUGCCCAGGGUUCCAUGCUGAUACGUUGCGGAGCUGGACCUCAAACUCCCUCUGGCGCCAGAGUCUGUGCUCAUUACCACCUCCCCUAGAGCUUCAUCUCCUCUUGCUCUACUUGUUAAAUAACUAGAAAGCCUGUGUCUUGAAGCAGGGCCGGGCCAGAGGCAAGCUUUCCACCAGUGCUUUCAAGGACUUUGGGUUGCGACCCACUCAUGGGUCAUCAAGUCAUCCCCAGGGUUAUGUAUUAUCUGUCGCCACGUUAUGAGUGACCCCUAAACUGAGUGGCUUAAACCAACAAUAAACAUCAUCUCAUGCAGUUUCUGAGGUUUAGGCACCCAGAGGCGGCUUAGCCGGGGGUCCUGGCUCAGCGUCUCUCGUGGUGUUGCAGGCAAGGCGUUGGCUAAGGCGGCAUCACCCGAAGGCUCGGCCGAGGCUGGAGGACUUUCUCCCAAGGCAGCUCCUCAUGUAUUUGGCAACUGGUGCCGGCUGUUGGCUGGAGGCCUCAGCUGCUCACCACGUGGGCCUCUCCACAGGCUGCUGGAACAUCCACACAACACGGCGGCCCCCACGGUGGGUGAUCCCAGACACACGACGUCCUUCAUGCCGAACCUCGCAAGUCCUGCUCCCCCACUUCUGAGCUAUUCCAUUGGUUACACAAGUCAGCACCUUUCAACACGGGAGGGGGCUACACAGGGGCUACCAACAGCCAGGGGUGCAUCUCAGAGGCUGCCUGCCAUAGGUUACUUGACAAUAAAGGAACUUGCAAAAGUCCCUGGAGAGGGGUGCCUCACAGACGGUGGCAUGUCUGAUGGGUGGCAGAGUUCCACUUAGAGGCAAGAGCGUGGGCCUCGUCCGCUUCCCCAGGCUGCACCUUCCCACUGAGGUCCAGGGCUCCUCGUGGUGUGUAGCUCCUGCCUGGCUCUGCUUUCUGGCCCAGCACCUAGGUUGUUCUCAACACCCGUUGCUUGAUGAACUUGAUGCAAAGACGAGGAUGAGAAUAUGGCAGGUUCAGCUAAGAACAUGGGAGGCUGGGGACUUCACUGGUGGUCUAGUGGUGAAGAACCUGCCUUGCAAUGCAGGGGACACAGGUUCC